GGGCCCGAAGCGCAGAGAAGAGGCCCCCCCUCCAUUGAAAAUGGACAGCCCGCAAAGACUAACCAUCCCCAACGGACAGUCCAUGCAGCAUAGAUGGCCCGGACCAGCUCACCCUAACUUCCCGCCGAGGGGAGACUCAUUUUACUUUAUUCAUGACCAUAACAAGACACAUUCAGAGCUGGGUAACUCUGCAUCCAUCAAACCCAGAGCCGGGAGGAUCUGGAGAUGCAGAACUUAUACACGAUGAACAAAUAAUGAGUGAAAACAGCUGUAUCUCAAUCUAUGGGAUGUCUGAUGAUGAGGUAAAGUACUGCAACCUUGUCUUUGACCCAGUGUCAGAACUUUUAACAUUGGGAUCAUCUGCAGAUAGAGAAUUCGUCCAACAUUCCUGUCAGGUCAGCACUGCUUCUCUACAGAGCAGAAGACUUCCAACAAAUCGUCUGCCCAUACUCAUUAUUACCGCUAUCAUUCUGGCCUUUGUGUUGAUUUUUAGCCUGACAAUGGGGAUUCUGCUAAACAGAUAUAAAGAGUCUGUUGUUUUAUUGUCCAAUCAGAGUGUAGCUACAACGCCAGAAACCAAUGCAAAUCAUGAAUUUACAAAAACACCUUCUGUAUGUGGUGGCCUUCUCAGGGACUCAGAAGGAUUGUUGAGUUCUCCAAAUUACCCCUUCCAAUACCCACCAAACUGUCACUGUUCUUGGUUGCUAGAGGCAGGUGAAGGACAUCUUAUCCAGCUAAAGGUCAUGGUAUUAGACGUGGGACAUUAUGGAUUUUGCUUCUUUGAUUGGUUGGAGCUAAGAGAUGAAAACACAUCACGCAGAUUCUGCGGCUCCGAAGCUCCCACCACUUUUAUUUCCAGCUCCAAUUGGUUACAGGUUCACUUUGUGUCUAGGGACCACACUGGUGGCACGGGAUUCCUUGCUAAAUAUCAAAUGGUUGAGGUCACCCAGGGGAGCUGUUCCUGGGAUGAAUUCUUGUGUGAUGAAAGACGCUGCCUCUUGCUUACUUCCCUGUGUGAUGGAGUUUCAGAUUGUGCUGACCAGAAAGAUGAAGAGAACUGCAUCCAAAGGCAUUGGGAUUGUGGGGGAGCCUUAAACAGUCUGCAGGGAUCCCUCUUUUCACCCAAUCAUCCAGAUCUGUAUCCUGCAAAAACAGUGUGUCGAUGGAUUAUCUCUGUCCCCGAUGGACUUAUCAUUCAAAUUCAGUUCCAAAAUUUUAGCCUAGAAUCAGAAAAGGGAUGUACAUUUGACUAUGUGGAGGUCCAUGACAGUGCUGGAUUGGGAAUUGCCAGUUCAAUGGGAAGGUUCUGUGGGUCUGAGAUCCCACCUACCCUUACUUCUUCUGGGGCACAGAUGACCAUUGUGUUUGUAGCAGAUGAAGAAAUAUCAGAUGUAGGAUUCUAUGCUACGUAUAAAGCUUUCAAUGCCACAGAAAAUGAAUGUGGUUCCAUGGAGUUAAGGUGUAAUGAUGGAAAGUGUCUACCAUUACAAUGGGCCUGUGAUGGAUGGCUAGACUGUUCUGAUGGAAGAGAUGAACAGGGUUGUCUGGUGGUAACUGAUCCUGAACCAGUAGAGAACUCAUGCCAGCCACUUAAAGUUCCUCUGUGCCAGGGCCUGUCUUAUUCUCUCACUGUGUUUCCAAAUCUCUGGAUUUCGCUUCUUGAGCAACCAGCAGUCAGUGAGCAAGUAAAAGGAUAUGAGAUACUUCAAGAAUUGCCAUGUUUCCCUGCCUUGCGUCCAUUAUUGUGUGCCUUGCUGCUUCCCAGCUGUUCCCCUGAUGGUGGAGCCUUGCAACCAUGUCGCUCAGUCUGUCUAAAUGCAAUGAAUCUAUGUCUGACACAGAUAGAGCAACUUGGUCUGUCAUGGCCGUUCAACUGUGACCACUUACCAUCACAGGGUCAGCAGUCAGAGUGUGUGAUUCCCUAAAAACAUCCUAAUGGAUUAAGUUCAUUAAAAUCUCAGUAAAACGUGUUUUCACAAAUAUUUAAUAAUUGAUAUAAAUCUGCAUCAGAUCUACUGUUAGCUAAUACGGAAAAGCUGAUUCUGAGAUCUUGUGUAUUCCUGUGCAUCAUGGUCAGUUGCUAAAGAAUUAUAUUCAGGUGAAUUAGGUUUUACUUAUAUUAUAGUGUUAUUCCACUUUCAGCAAUAUUUUCCAGUUUAAAUCUAAUUUAAUAAAUUACUAAUUUUGCACACAAUUUAACUUUA